AUGAUGAUGCUUUCGGAGCCGCCGUCGUGGGAGGCCUGGCGGAUCGAUCCGGCGGAGAGUCUGGGUAGCAGAGCCUCCGCGCCCUGUCGCUGGGCCGCGCUGCUUGCCGGCGGCGACGCGAUCACCGCGCCGCCGGCUCCCGUCCCCGGGCUCGGGCUGCCGCUGGCGGCGCGAGCUGCUUCGAACGGCUCGCUCUGCCUGCGGCCAGAGGGCGACUUGCUGUCCGACCACGUGGUGCGGGAAGGGCGCUGGUUCGAGUGCGACGACCUGGUCCCCCUGCUCGCGAUCGGCGCGCUCGCGGCGGGCCCGGGCGCUGUGGCGCUCGACGUAGGGGCGAACCUUGGCGCCUGCACGAUGCAGCUGCUCCUGUCGACCGACGCGCCGGUGGUCGCCUUUGAGCCCGGCAACGCCGGCCACUCCGUCCUCGGCUCGAGCGAGAGCGCAGAGUCUCUCAGCCGGUGGGACGGCUCUUCGUUUGGCAGCGCGGAGCGGGUGGUGGCGGACGACAUCCUCUGGCCGAGGCAGCUGCGCCGGGAGCGCCUCCCUCCGCCCGUGGCGAUGAUGAAGAUCGACGUCGAGGGGUUCGAGUGCCGCGCGCUGCACGGGAUGCGGCGGCUGCUCGGCGCCGGAGCCGUCAAGACGGUCAAGGUGGAGGUGUUCGAGUCGGCGCUGCGCGCGCAGGGCUGCUCCGGCUCGCGGCUGCAGCAGCUCCUCCUCGGCUCCGGCUUCCGCCUCUUCCAGUCCGUGGAGCAGCUCGCCCUGGUCGGAUGCGGCCGCGUGCCCGGCGGAGCGGCGGCGGACCCAGACGCGCUGCAGGUCGUCGCCGUGGCGGAGGGCCUGCCCUACAACCUGUACGGCUUGCACUGCCGACGCGGGCACGCGAAGAGUCGAACGUAG